AUGUCUCGUGCCGGUGCAAGAGGUGGUGCUAGAAAGCCGUUGCCUCCAGGCUCUGAAUUCAACUGGCAAAAACUGCCAGGAGAGCUACCUGAUAAUGCCCCUACUCCUCUUUUCCCAUCUUAUGAUAUUCCCCAAGCCGAGAAGUUAGACAGACGCGAACGAGCCGGAGUUGACCGAUAUCUUGCGCAUUGUGACCAAUUCAAAAACGGGCCCUAUUACGCCGUUAUCAAUGCCGCCAGCACGUCUGCAAAACGAGGUACCAAAGAGAGGGCCCAGUUUGACCCAUUCCACGGCAUGCCCUCAUACAGCGCACGAUAUCAGAAGAGAAAGAGGACGGUGCCCAAGAUGAGCGGUAGAAACUAUCUCGUGCAAUUUUUCUCCCGUGAACUGUGGCGCGUUGUAAAACCCGACUACAAACCAGAUAGGCCAGACGGGCAAGCCAGCGGAAUCCGCUGGGCCGGAAUGAGGGCACAGUUUGAAGACGACGACGAAGACGACAUUGACGAGGAGGACAAGGCUGUCAAGCGGCGGAAGGCUGGCGGCGGCGAGGAAGAUGAUCAGCAAGAGGACGAGAGAGAUCUUGACGAUGAGGGCGAUAAAGAAGGAAGUGAGGAAGACGACGAAUUGCAAGACGAUGACUUCUCAGAGGAUGAUGAUGAGAUGGGUGGCGACUAUAACGCAGAGCAAUACUUUGAUGCCGGUGACGAUGAAGGCGAUGGAGACGGAUUUGGCGAUGGCGGCGGCGGCGGCGGUGGUGGAGGAGACGACGAUUUCUAUUAA